UUAUAACUCUUGUCUCGGUGCCAUGAGGAAAAGAUUGUCGUCGUGCUCGGUUUUACUGUACUCAUAAUCCGACCUUGCCACAUUGCACUUUGUUUUCACUGUAUUACACAGUAAAUGCACCUGGCAUUCAAAGAUCAUGGCUAAAAGUUUCACUGUCACGAGUACUUUAAACGAAAUUAAAAAUGUGGACGAUAUUUUCGAAAUGGUUGGAGGUUUCGGGAAGUUUCAAGUUUUCAUUUUAAUUUUGUUACUCUCGCUCGAAGUCCCAGCAGCAUUUUUAGUUUUCUCUCCAGUAUUCACUGGAGGGACACCGACGGAGUGGCAGUGUGGAAAUGAAACCAUUCUUAAAAGUGAUCCUGAAUUUUGUAGUUACAAUUGCUCACUAACUUCACACCAUUCCACCAUUGUUUCAGAGUGGAACUUGAUUUGUGACCUUGGCUGGGUCUCUGAUUUUAUCACAACCCUGCAAAUGUUGGGAAUGUUUUUUGGCAACGUUUUGACUGGGCAAUGUGCAGAUUGGUAUGGAAGGCGUUGGACACUUCUGGGUAACGUCUGCGUGUUAUCAUUCGGGACAAUUAUGUCCGCUGUUUCCACGAAUGUAUUCAUGUAUGCAGUUGCAAGACUUAUUUGCGGUAUUGGAUUCUCAGGGUAUAUCUUUUUGUCGAUGACGUAUGCAAUGGAGUUCAUGACUCCGGACUGGCGAAGUAUAUGUUCCAGUGUGGGACCCUUCGGCGAAGGAAUUAUGCUCCUUGGCGUACUCGGAUAUUAUUUUCAGGACUCCUGGAGAACACUUUUGCUUGUUUCUGCCAUUCCAUACUCUCUCAUCUUCAUCAUUUUUCCAUUGCUUCCAGAGAGCCCAAGGUGGUUGUUACGAACCAAGAAAGUUGAAGAAGCCCAUAAAGUUUUCAGCUACAUUGCUCGAAUAAACCAAACCAGUCCAGUGACCAUUGAAACAUUGUACAAAGUUGCUGACCUUGACGGCAACUCGGGGGACCAAAACGUCAAAAAAAUUAGCUACGUGCAAUUUUUCAAAAAUAAGGAUACCAGAUUUACAACACUCUGUUUAAUGGCGAUUUGGAGUGCAUGGGCAGUUAUGUAUUUUGGGAUUGGUUACAACAUUAAAAACAUUGGGUCCAAAAUAUAUCUCAACAUGAUUUUUAUGGGGCUCAGCGAUGCUGUGGGAUACCCAUGCUCCUAUUUCGUCAAUUCUAUGUGUUCAAGGAAAAAGUCAUUAGCCGGAUUUAUGACCGGAGCCGCAGUUUUUCUCUGCGCUCUUGCAAUUUUGCAGCUAUUUUUGGACUUGUCGCAAGAACCGACGAUAGUUUUAGCUCUGUGUUUGACCGGCAAACUCUUUGCUGCAGCGGCUCGUGCGUCAGCUCGAACGCUAACUGGAGAAUCAUUUCCAACGUCAAUUAGAAAUAUGGGGUUCGGAAUGGUGGGGGUGUCUGCUUCGCUCGUUGGUCUCGUUGCACCGCAGUUGGCAUAUCUUGGAUCACGCUGGCCAUCUGUCCCCCUUUUUGCCUUUGCAGCUUGCUCUCUACUUGGGGCAAGUAUAUCGUUUUUGUUAAAGGAAACCAAAGGUCAACCCAUGAUAGAAGAGAUCAAUAAACCAGGACGUAAACUCAGCAUAAUUUCAAUUGUUGCUGCCAACCUUCGACGUUUGAGCACUGGUGGUGGUGAUCUAAAACACUGACUAAAAAAUUGCAGACAUGUAUCGUACAAUUCGUACAGACAGUGAACGUUUUUACUACUUUUUCCGUGAACUUGAUCCACGCAUGAAGAUGCAUAAUCUAAUGUCAUAAUAUAUUUGAGAAUUGAGUAAUUUUCCAUCAUUUUCUAUCUGUUGUGGUUAUAAUAAAAAUUCAUUUUUUGAUCAUCAA